AUGACUGCUCCCCUUCGAGCAUACGUCCACGUUGCUGAAGGCAUUCCUUCACUUAAAGCAGAUGGCACUCAAGCCGGGGUCUGGUCACCGAUCGCAUCGACUCUGAUCUGUGGACCAACAGAAGCGGUUCUGGUCGACACACCCAUCACAUUCGCGCAAAACGACGCCCUUGCCGACUGGAUUGAAGCUCAGCUUGAUUCUCGUGGUGCGGGAGUGCUGUCACCACGUUUGACGUACAUCUAUAUCACUCACGGACAUCCGGACCACUGGCUUGGAAUAGGAGCGUUGCAAAAGCGGUUUCCUGGACUAAAAGCUGUGGCUACUCGAGGAACUGUCGAACAGAUGAAGCACGACGGCCGAGGAGAUGCCUAUGCGCAGAAUUGGAUAACGCGGUUUCCCAAACAGGUUGACGAUGUUCCGGCGAUCGCGGAGGCUCUUCCCGAGACAAACCAGUUCUUCGUCGAUGGCAAUGUCUGUCGAGCAAUACCAGUCGGCCAUACCGAUGGACCCGAUUCCACCGUUUUAUGGGUACCCUCAAUCAAGCUAGUGGCCGGCGGCGAUGUGCUCUAUGGCGAUGUACAUCAGACGCUCCUAGCGGCGAACACCAAAGCUUUGCGAGAAGAAUGGAUACGUGCGCUUGAGACUGUCCAGGCAUUGCAGCCUGACAUCGUGGUUCCAGCACAUAAGAAAGUGCAUGAACUGACCGGUGCUUCCCACCUGGAGAACACGAAAAAAUAUCUGGAGGACGCCGGGGCUGUGAUUGAAACUGGUCAAGCUCACGAUCCAGCUACGUUUCAGAAGAUUAUGACUGAGAAGUAUCCAUCACGGAUUGGACAAUCGGCCUUGUUCAUUUCCUCGUUGUUCCAGAAGUAUGCUUGA